GGGUCCCGCCCGCCGGCUGCAGGUGGGCUGCAGCGCCGGAGCCGCGGACAGUGGGCGGCGGGGAAGGUGAGCCGCGUCCGCGCCGGCUGCCGCUCGGUGCCUGCCCCGCCGCGGCGCUCUCCGCCUCCCCUUCCCGCAGGCAGGGCGCGGAGCCGCGCGCCCGCCCCGCCGCCGCCGCCUCGUCCCUCCGGGGCACCAUGGAGCUCUCCCCGUCGUCCGGAGGAGCCGCGGAGGCGCUGUCCUGGCCAGAGAUGUUCCCGGGACUGGAGUCCGACUCGCCGCUACCCCCGGAGGAGCUGGACGCGGUUGUCCCAGUCAGUGGGGCCGUGGCUGGUGGCAUGCUGGAUCGGAUCCUCCUGGAGUCAGUGUGCCAGCAGCAGAGCUGGGUGCGGGUGUACGAUGUGAAAGGGCCACCUACGCAUCGUCUGUCUUGUGGCCAGUCACCCUACACUGAGACAACAACAUGGGAGCGGAAGUACUGCAUCCUCACAGACAGCCAGUUGGUGUUGCUCAACAAGGAGAAGGAGGUCCCCGCGGAGGGAGGAGCGGAGCAGCAGGCCGAUUCCGCCAAAGGGAGAUGCCUAAGGAGAACUGUCAGUGUCCCUUCCGAGGGUCAGUUUCCUGAGUACCCACCAGAGGGCGCUGCUAAACUGGAGGUGCCAGCAGAAAGGUCCCCGCGCAGACGGAGCAUCUCAGGGACCAGCACAUCAGAGAAACCCAACUCCAUGGACACGGCAUAUACCUCACCCUUCAAAGUACCAGGCUUCUUCAGCAAGCGCCUGAAAGGCUCCAUCAAGAGAACCAAAAGCCAAUCAAAGCUGGACAGAAACACGAGCUUUCGGCUUCCAUCCCUGCGCAAUACAGAGGACAGGUCUCGCGGGCUGCCGAAGCUGAAGGAGUCCCGCUCCCACGAGUCCCUGCUGAGCCCGUGCAGCGCGGUGGAGUGCCUGGACCUCGGUCGGGGGGAGCCCGUGUCCGUGAAGCCGCUGCACAGCAGCAUCCUCGGGCAAGACUUCUGCUUCGAGGUUACCUACUUGAGUGGAAGUAAAUGCUUCAGCUGCAACUCCGCCUCAGAGAGAGAUAAGUGGAUGGAAAACCUUCGCAGGACAGUUCAGCCAAAUAAGGACAAUUGCAGACGAGCUGAAAAUGUUCUCCGUUUAUGGAUCAUUGAAGCCAAGGACCUCGCCCCUAAAAAGAAAUAUUUCUGUGAACUGUGCCUUGAUGAUACCCUCUUUGCUCGUACAACCAGCAAGACCAAAGCAGACAAUAUAUUCUGGGGCGAACAUUUUGAAUUCUACAGUCUUCCACCUCUUCAUAGCAUCACAGUUCACAUUUAUAAAGACGUGGAAAAAAAGAAAAAAAAGGACAAGAAUAAUUAUGUAGGGCUAGUCAACAUCCCCACUGCCAGUGUGACUGGUCGCCAGUUUGUGGAAAAGUGGUACCCCGUGAGUACACCCACACCCAACAAAGGAAAGACAGGAGGACCUUCUAUUCGAAUUAAAUCGCGUUUCCAAACUAUCACCAUUCUGCCUAUGGAGCAAUACAAAGAAUUUGCAGAAUUUGUCACCAGCAACUACACCAUGCUGUGUUCUGUCCUUGAACCAGUAAUUAGUGUGAGAAAUAAAGAGGAGUUGGCUUGUGCCUUAGUCCACAUUCUUCAAAGUACUGGCCGAGCCAAGGACUUUCUGACUGACCUGGUGAUGUCUGAGGUGGAUCGAUGUGGAGAGCAUGAUGUCCUGAUCUUCAGAGAGAACACCAUCGCCACCAAGUCCAUUGAGGAGUACCUCAAGUUGGUGGGACAGCAGUAUCUUCAUGAUGCACUGGGGGAGUUCAUCAAAGCUUUGUACGAGUCGGACGAGAACUGUGAAGUGGACCCCAGCAAAUGCUCAUCCAGCGAGCUGCUCGACCACCAGAGCAACCUGAAAAUGUGCUGCGAGCUGGCUUUCUGCAAGAUCAUCAACUCUUACUGCGUUUUCCCUCGAGAGUUGAAAGAAGUGUUUGCGUCCUGGAAGCAGCAGUGCCUGACCCGCGGCAAGCAGGACAUCAGCGAGCGGCUCAUCAGCGCCUCGCUGUUCCUGCGCUUCCUGUGUCCGGCCAUCAUGUCUCCCAGCCUUUUCAACCUCAUGCAGGAGUAUCCCGAUGACCGCACGUCUCGGACUCUGACUCUCAUUGCCAAGGUCAUUCAGAACCUGGCUAACUUUGCCAAAUUUGGUAACAAAGAAGAAUACAUGGCAUUCAUGAAUGAUUUUUUAGAACAUGAAUGGGGCGGAAUGAAGCGCUUUCUCUUGGAGAUCUCCAAUCCAGACACCAUCUCCAACACCCCAGGCUUUGAUGGUUACAUCGACCUGGGCCGGGAGCUUUCAGUUUUGCAUUCCUUACUGUGGGAAGUGGUUUCCCAGCUCGAUAAGGGUGAAAAUUCCUUCCUACAGGCGACCGUGGCAAAACUGGGACCUCUCCCUCGUGUUCUUGCUGAUAUUACCAAGUCUCUGACUAAUCCCACACCAAUUCAGCAGCAGCUGAGACGCUUCACGGAGCAUAGCUCCAGUCCCAACGUCAGUGGGAGCCUCUCCUCUGGGCUGCAGAAAAUAUUCGAAGACCCCACUGACAGUGACUUGCAUAAACUCAAGUCUCCGAGCCAGGACACCACAGACAGCUAUUUCAGGGGGAAGACGCUGUUGCUGGUGCAGCAGGCCUCCUCCCAGAGCAUGACUUACUCGGAGAAGGAGGAAAAGGACGGCAGCCUUCCUAACGGGCGGAGCGUCUCCCUCAUGGACCUGCAGGACACGCACGCUGCUCAGGUGGACCACGCAUCCGUCAUGCUCGACGUGCCUCUGCGCCUGACCGGGAGCCAGCUUUCUGUCACCCAGGUGGCCGGCAUCAAGCAGCUGCGGGAACCCCAGAGCACGCCCCAGAGCGCGCCCCAAGUGAGAAGGCCCCUGCACCCGGCCUUGAACCAGCCCGGCAGCCUGCAGCCCCUGUCGUUCCAGAACCCCGUCUAUCACCUCAGCAACCCAAUCCCAGCAAUGCCAAAGGCCUCUGUGGAUUCCAGCCUGGAGAACCUCAGCACGGCCAGCUCCAGGAGCCAAAGCAACAGUGAGGACUUCAAACUCAGCGGGCCCAGCAACAGCAGCAUGGAAGACUUCAGCAAGCGCAGCACCCAGAGCGAGGACUUCUCUAGGCGGCACACAGUGCCAGACAGACACAUACCUCUUGCUCUGCCCCGGCAAAACAGUACUGGGCAGGCCCAGAUCCGAAAAAUGGACCAGGCCGGGCUGGGCGCCCGAGCCAAAGCCCCGCCGUCCCUGCCGCACAGCGCUUCCUUACGGAGCACCGGGAGCAUGUCCGUGGCCUCGGCGGCCCUGGUGGCCGAGCCCGCACAGAACGGCAGCCGGUCCCGCCAGCAGUCCUCUUCCUCCAGAGAGAGCCCGGUCCCCAAAGUGAGAGCCAUCCAGAGGCAGCAGACGCAGCAGGUUCAGUCACCUGUGGACUCUGCCACAAUGUCCCCAGUAGAGAGGACAGCAGCCUGGGUUCUGAACAACGGGCAGUAUGAAGAGGAUGUGGAAGAAACGGAGCAAAAUCAGGAUGAAGCCAAGCACGCUGAGAAGUAUGAACAGGAAAUCACCAAACUGAAGGAGCGCCUGCGAGUGUCCAGCCGGCGGCUGGAGGAGUACGAGCGCCGGCUGCUGGUGCAGGAGCAGCAGAUGCAGAAGCUGCUGCUGGAGUACAAGGCGCGGCUGGAGGACAGCGAGGAGCGGCUGCGCCGGCAGCAGGAGGAGAAGGACAGCCAGAUGAAGAGCAUCAUCAGCAGGCUCAUGGCUGUGGAAGAGGAACUGAAGAAGGAUCACGCUGAGAUGCAAGCAGUCAUUGACGCGAAGCAGAAAAUAAUCGAUGCACAGGAAAAACGGAUCGUGUCCCUGGACUCGGCCAACACCAGACUGAUGAGCGCGCUGACCCAGGUGAAGGAGCGGUACAGCAUGCAGGUCCGCAAUGGCAUCUCGCCCACCAACCCCACCAAGCUUUCCAUCACGGAGAAUGGUGAAUUCAAAAACAGCAGCUGCUGACGGCCUCGGAGACCAGACAGUCUGUGGGAGGAGGCAAAGGAGGCUGCACGCUCUCCCGUGCCCAGCCCCGCGCGGGAACAGAACGUUGCUCCUUCGCUCAGAGCAGCAGCGUGGCAAGGACUCUCAGAUGGAGAGGGGACCUGGUCUUUCCGGGCAGGAGGCCGAGGCUCCUGAGGUUGACGCUGUCCCGCACGCCUCUGUGUGCACAGGGAGCCUAGUUCUGGGCCAUGUACAGAAAACCCCACUGUAAUAUACCCACGGGAAGCUAAUAAUGUAGAUUACCUUUUUAAUUAUUGCUAUUUUUAUUAUUGUUUUCCUCUUGUUGAAAGCACUGCAGUUGUUAGAGAAGGCAGAUAGGAACUAUGUGUGAGUGAGAAAUGAGCCCAGCGGUUCAGUAGGUAGAAACCCAGUGUCUGUCUGUCUGUCUGUCUGUCUGGUAGAAGUGCACAGGGUGCAAUAGGACAUUGUCAGAAUGAAUUUUUCAGGGAUUCAUCUGCCAGUUAAAAAAAUCCACUCCAGCCCCCUUGUCCUUUAGGAAACCAUGAAAAUACUAAGAUCCAAACAAAACAUUUUGUCCCACUGACCAACCAAGACCGGUUCUGGAUAGACAGCUGAUCCAAUUUGGGAUACGCUGCUUCAAAACUGGACUUGCCUCAAAACUGGACUUGAGGAGUGAUUGCCGUUGGACUCCUGCUGAUGUUCAUUUCCUUCUGUCUGUAGCAGAUGGGAAUCUUCCACUUUAGAUAGGGGGCUUUUUUUAACCCCAGUUGUAAUAAAGGGUGUUCUUUUUCUUCUUUAGAGUUUACAAAACUAUAAAUAUUUGUGUCUUCACCUUCUGGAGCCCCCGGCCCUUUCUUCCCCCACGGUGGCAGCAGCGCCCCCUCCUGGAGGGGAGGCCUCACCUGGAGAGGCUCCGCCCACACGCCGCCCACGGGCCCUCCAAAACAGACACCCUUUCUUCCUCACAGAAAAGGGCUAACCACACCCUAGCAGGAAUCGCUGGAUGUGUCCUAUUUUAAAGAAAUUUCUAUUUGUAAAUUAUAAUUUUUAUUUGAGAUGAAGAUUUUAUUCAUUAUAUUAGUGUAUCUCUAGGCAGGGUAAUCUUAUCUCAGCCUUUAACUUUUAAAUGCUUCUUUCUCUUAUCCCCUAAGUGAAAUGUAGAAAGGAAAUCCAAAUCUGAAGCAUCACUCUCUGCAAAGUGACGAUUACUCUUACAAAAGGGAAACCUAAAGGUGGGGACGACGCGUUCCACCUGCUACUCCCACACUCUCGGGAGGCUUGGCAAGAAUGACCAUUUCACCAGCUGUCAUUGGCUUUAUAAUAGGACAGAAACAGUCAUGGAAGUUAAUCAGUGAUUUCCUUUUUUCCAGAGGUGUGCAAUGGCAUCUCGAAUGCAACCCUGAUUAUCAGAAGUCGGGAAUGUUACAUGUUAGCCAUUAUAGAUGCAAAUAUAUAUACGUAUCUAGUCACACGUGUGUACAUAUAACCGCACAAAUAGAAAACAUUCAUGCCUUUUGUGCUGAGAUAUAAUGUUAAAAGGGUUUUUGAAUCUCUUUCAGCAAGAUCUAAGCAGUUUCUAUUGAGAAAGAACAUUUCUCAAAUAAGUUAUUGAUGUUUAUUUUAAAUUAUAAACUUUAAGGAAAUUUUUUAAAAGGAAAAGGAGAGGAGGAAAAAAAAACGCCUGAGGGAGCCGUAUGCAAGGAGUGAGUGUUUCUACAUAACAGGCUGUUUGGAAGGGAACAGAGGACACUGAUCUGUCGGGUCUCCUUCUGGGUGAAGCCCAGGCAGCGACGCCGAGCGUCUGCGUUCGCCGUGCCCCAGCUUGCCUUCCGCCGCGCCAGCGUCAGCGCUGCCCUCUCUCAGGUGGGACCUGGCACCUCCGCGGCCUCCCCGGCCCCGUCCACGACCUUUCCAAGGCUCCCCUUUCUUAUACUCCCAUUGUGCCUGUCAGAGACCUCACGGGAGCUUCUCACAGCGCCGCCGCUCUGCAGGCCUGCUGCCCCGGGCUCGGUGCCUGUGUGUUUCCUCGACCCUUGGUGGUUAUUUUACAAAAUCUUCUCUCUCCCCUCCAAGCCGAGGGUACACUGGUAUAAAUCACUUAUUUUAAUGGGAAAAAAAUUAACCAAUUCUGCAGUAGUACCCUUUGCUGGGAGGGUGGAAUAUAAACAUAGGUCUGUUGUUUCUCAGCUCUAGCCGGGUUUGAUUCAUUCUUUCUAAAAAGCCUUCCACUGUGCUGCAGAAAACCUGGUAAAAGAAUUGUCGGUUCCAAGGGCCUUAAGUAUGUAGCCUGGAGACGUCCUGCCUGAGGUUCGGAGGCUCUCAGGUGUUGGUUAUGGAUUACAGAGAGCUGAUAAACUUACCUGGACCCAGAGAUUGGGGGAGACAUACAACAUCAAAUGUUGUUUUUGAUGGAUGCAGUUUAUCUUGUUGGCGCGGGGGCACUCCUUUGAGCUGCCUGCUUUGGGAGAUUAAAUGCCCCAAUGUUUGGACAGAUUAUGCAGCCCUCUAUCAUCAGGUUGUCUUGAGUGAAGAGAGUAAAAAAACUCACAAAGUUAGAAGUAAGCUAGAAAUUCAGAGUGGUUGCCAGGUGUUAAAUUUUAGAUGAUUUUUUGAGCCUGUUUCUACCCAAAUAUCUCAGUUUUUCUUUAAAGAACACUGCAAUCGACAGAGCUUAUUCUGCAGAAUAAGGUUUUGUCCCUUAUGUUCGGAAGAGGGCGGCAGCAGCUGACUUGCCACGGAGGCACUGCCGCACUGGCUCUGCUCAGCGCAGGUGGGUGCCGGCGCCGGGGCUGCCAGGAGGAGGCACCUGGCAAGGACGCGGUGGAGUCAGGGGGCCGGGCCCGCGCCCUGUCUACCCAGCACAUCACCACACCGCGGGGUGCAGCAGAGACCAGGGCGCAGUGGAACUCGGAGGGCAGGGGUCCUGCUUGCUAAGUGCUUGGCCAGCGGACCACCAGACUGGGCUAUUAACAAGGACAGUGCUGGUAGGGUUCAGGAAAAGAGCUUCCUAUUCCCCUUUCAUGUCACUGGAGCAAUAAGCUUUCUGGGCCAGUGCAGCAAAAAGAGCUACAUUUCCAUCACGUGAUAUAUCCCCUGAGUUUCUGCAAUACAGGCCCUGACAGGAGAGGUUAGGGCAAGGCAACUGCAGCAAAUGCUCGAGCGCCUCGUACAGGUGCAGGGCAACGUGUCGGGAAGGGAAGGUGGCAAACCAAGGUGGCUGUGCUGCCACAGCUUUGGCUUUUCCCACCGGGUGUCGAGUUGGUCAGAACUAGCUGCCGCGGGUCGCGCCCACGUUCCCCGGCGCCGCCGUUGGACAGCGCAAGGAAGAGCGGGGCUUUGUGUCCCCGGCUGCUGCGUGCCCUUGGGAACUGGCCUGACUCUAGAAGUCAGGCUUCCCGCACCUUCGUCCACCUGUGGCCUUUGUUUGUGCGUCUGUAGUUCUGUCAGCCCCUGGCCCUCGCGCUGGCCUCAGUUACACCAGUUAGGAGCAGUCCUUUCUCGGAAGUCCCAGAGCGAGAUGAUUGCCAUCAAGUGAGCUUGCGUUAGGGUUUGCUUUGCCUCCCACCGGGCGCGGCUCUGGUCGUCUCCAGCUGGGAGUCCCUGAGAGGCUGGUUGUGGGGCUGGGCUUCAGGCAGGAACCCUCCUCAGGAUUGCCCUGUCCCUCGUGACCCUGAGCCCCAGGCCUGACGCCAGACUGGACUUGUCACUGGGCCUGACUUGGCAGCACUGGAGCCCACGCGCAGCCUCACUGGACUCCCGGAGGCCACCC